AUGGCGGCGGCUGAGUGGUGGUGCUGGCCGCUGCCGGCGUGGCUGGGCUCCGGCGCGGCGUGGUUCGUAGUCCUGAACCUCGUGGUGGGCGCCAUCUUCGCCCUGUCGUCCCGUGCGCAGCCGCAGUCGUCCCUGCCGCGCCGCGGCGGGAGCGGCAGCGGGAUCACGCGCAGGGCCUCGUCGGCGGUGCUGCAGCGCAUCCGCUCCUUCAACAUCUUCUCCUUCCCGUCCUCGUGCUUCCACACCGCGGAGCCGAGCCCGGGCGCCACCGCCACCUUCCGCGACGAAACAGAAGACGCGGCGACGGCGAGGACGAGGUCGCCAUCGACGCCGCGUCCACCACAACCGCAAGCGGCGGUAGAGGACGACGACGUGGAAGACGAGAGCUCGAUGAGCAUGGACGAGGCGUACGCGCUCGUCCUAGCGGGGCGGCAGCGGGCGCCGCCGACGGAGGAGGAGGCGGCGGGGUCCGAGGUGGACGCCAAGGCGGAGGAGUUCAUCCAGGGGUUCAAGGAGGACCUCAGGCAGCAGCGCCUCAAAUCCAUCUUCAACUACACCCAGAUGCUCAAGCGCCGCGUUGCCGCCGGCCGGCCGGCUGCCGCUCCGUGA